GGGAGGAGAGGGGAGGGGAAAGGAAAGAGAAACAGUGUCAAUGUCACACGCACAGUCGACCUGUAUUAGCUGUUUUUGUAGACUACGGCAAGAGCCAGAGGUAAUUACAGGGAAAGGACACUGUAAAACACAGCACACAUCUUGUAAACCUGACUCCAUUAAAAGUAAGGAUAUCUUGAUACAAUAUCCAUUUAAAGGAAAUACAAGAACAUGCAGUCAUUCUGCAAAACAGCUACCAAUAACCUGAUGAAAAUCCUGUCCAGAAAUGCAGGUUUUCCAUCAGUAAGUCCCACAAGCAGAGCUGGCUUGGGGAUAGCAAGAGCCAGCCACUCUGGGAUAGUCCCCACCAAGAAGAGAGGAUAUGACAUCACCAGGAAUCCACACCUCAACAAGGGCAUGGCCUUCACCCUGGAGGAGCGCUUACAGCUGGGGAUCCACGGGCUACUCCCGCCCUGCUUCCUCUCGCAGGACGUGCAAGUGCUGAGGGUGAUGAAGAGCUACGAGACCAGAUCCACCGACCUGGACAAAUACAUUCUGCUGAUGACCCUGCAGGACCGGAAUGAGAAGCUGUUCUAUCGUCUGCUGACCUCCUACAUCGAGGAGUUCAUGCCCAUCGUUUACACCCCUACCGUGGGGCUCGCCUGCCAGCAGUACGGACUGGCCUUCCGGAGACCGCGGGGGCUGUUCAUAACUAUUCAUGAUAAAGGGCACAUUGCAACAAUGCUAAACUCGUGGCCAGAAGACGAUAUCAAGGCCAUCGUUGUGACUGACGGAGAGCGCAUCUUAGGCCUGGGUGACCUGGGGAGCUAUGGCAUGGGGAUUCCAGUGGGAAAGCUGGCACUUUACACAGCUUGUGGCGGGGUCAGGCCUCAGAACUGUCUUCCUGUGCUUUUGGAUGUUGACACAGACAAUCAGACUCUAUUGGAAGAUCCUCUCUAUAUUGGACUAAAGCACAAGAGAGUGAGGGGGAAGGAGUAUGACGAGCUGAUUGAUGAAUUCAUGAAAGCUGUAACAGAUAAGUAUGGAAUGAACUGCCUCAUCCAAUUUGAGGAUUUUGCCAACUCUAAUGCCUUCCGUAUACUCAGCAAAUACCGCAACAAAUACUGCACCUUCAAUGAUGAUAUUCAAGGAACUGCUUCUGUUGCAGUGGCUGGCAUUCUGGCUGCUUUAAGGAUCACCAAAAACAAACUCUCUGAUCACAAGUUUGUCUUUCAGGGUGCUGGGGAGGCUGCCAUGGGGAUAGCUCAUCUGAUCAUCAUGGCCAUGAAGAAGGAGGGGGUUCCAUACGCUGAGGCCGUCAAGAAGAUCUGGAUGGUUGACUCAAAGGGACUCAUUGUGAAGAGCAGGGGGAACCUGAACCAUGAGAAGGAGCAGUUUGCCCAGGAACACCCCGAAGUGAGGACGCUGGAGGAAGUCGUUCAGAUUGUGAAACCCACAGCCAUCAUAGGAGUUGCUGCCAUUGGUGGUGCAUUCACAGAGAAAAUCAUUAAAGACAUGGCCUCCUUCAACAAGCAGCCCAUAAUAUUCGCUUUGAGUAACCCGACAAGCAAAGCAGAGUGCACAGCGGAGCAGUGCUACACUCUGACUGAGGGUCGUGGUAUCUUUGCUAGUGGCAGCCCCUUUGACAAAGUGACUCUUGCUGACGGGCGCUCCUUCAUCCCUGGCCAGGGAAACAACGCCUACGUGUUCCCUGGAGUGGCACUGGGGGUGAUCGCCUGUGGAGUGAGACACAUCUCUGACGACAUCUUCCUCACCACAGCCGAGGCUAUUGCUCAGGAAGUGACAGAGCAACACCUUGCUGAAGGAAGACUGUACCCCCCUCUGAGCACCAUCAGAGAGGUGUCCUUCAAAAUAGCUGUCAAGGUUGUUAAUUAUGCCUACAGGAAUGGUAUAGCAUCUGUGUACCCAGAGCCUGAGGACAAAGAGGCCUUCAUCCGCUCUCAUAUCUACAGCCCCGACUACGACUCCUUCACCCUGGAUAGCUACAGCUGGCCAGACCAUGCCAUGAAAGUGCAAGAUGUUUAAAUCUGAUUGGCCAGUAGCCCAGGGCCUCAUACUACCCCUAAGGCCUAUGAUCUCUUACCAAUUGUUAGCACUUUGAGACAGAUGAUUAGUUUGAAAUUCAGGAAUAAAAAGGUUUAUUCAAAGAGGUACUUAGAAAAUAAUAAAAGUAUUUUAGUAAUUGUACUUUUCAGUGAAUCAUUUAAUCAGUGUUUUUUAUAUAUAGAUUUCUGUCCUGUUUUGGUGAAUGGUUACCCACAGCAGGCGUGAGUUUGGGUAAAAGCAGAUUACUUUUUGAAUCAUUACAAAUGUCAACAGAACCCUGGUUAUUCUGUGUUUGGGUUCUCCACAAGUAGUAAGCAGUCAAAUAGGGUUAAAAGAAGCAGCUGCCAAAGCAACCAAGGAAUCGGGCAUGAUGCUGGUUGCUAUGGAAACAGCAGUACUGUGACACAGGGUUGUUGACAUCUGGAACAUUUUCUUAAUAAUGAACCAAGAGUGAAAAGUAUAAUUGUUUUGGGGGAGAAAACAAAACAAAUAAAAAACAACACCACCACCCAGAAUAUUCUUUUUAAGCAUCACAGAAACAAUUAAUCUGCUUCUCCAUCCUAUGUACUUUUAAACCCCAUUCUCCUUCUCAACAUCUGUUAAUGUUACCAGAUAGCAACCUGUGAACACAUGCUGACAAGAUUUCAAACUGGCCUAAAUAACUUAAACUUGAGUGAGUAAACUUGAAAUGACAGGUAUUUUAUCUUUUGAAUCAGGAAUCCAAAAAUAACGCUAGUUUUGGAAUUAGUUAUAUUUUAAACAUUGUAAAUAGUGUUUUGAUCAUGCUACUUAUAGUUCAUGUUUUAUAUAAACCUCAAAUCAAUAUUGUUUGAGUGCUUCAGUUUGAUCUCAACCCCCAGAAUAUGGCCCCUUAACGUUUUUGAUGUUUUGUUGUUGUUUUACUUUUAUUAUAGUUUCUUAAAAGAGAAAGGGUUUAAAAGAAAAAAAAGAUUUGUAUUCAAUAUAUACAAUUGGGAAAGGGUUUACAGCAAUGUAAUGACUGUGUAAUGGCAUGCAGUCUGUUUCAGUGGGAAACAAAUUGUACAUUAAGCAAGCACAGUGUUGAAACAUGUUUACUGUUGUCAUGAAUGAGCUAUAUGAACUGCAGUUGCCUUUGUACCCCCCCCCCCCCCAGCUUUCCAGCCCCCCACCCCAUAUCCUCAGGUACCUUCAACACCUGCAUUUAAAAGCACAUGUACAGUAUGUUCUCGCUUCUAAUUGCAUGUCUUUUGAAACAGAAUGAAAAAAGUAAAGCAAUGCAAUGUAGAUCAAAUAUUAACCGUGCAAUCUAUGGGAAUGUUAUUGGGCCUUCCUUAUCAACUUAAUAGUUACUGGAAUGAAGUUUCUUUAUUGUCCUGUGUACUGUAUAUACAUAUAACAGGCAAAUGUGUUAUGCAGGUUCAGCAUUCAGUACUAUAGGUUUUAUAGCGUAGCCCUACGAGCAUGUGUGCAAGAGGCCAGUAUUUAAACCAUAAUGUUCUUAGUUUUUUGUUUUUUUUACACUUGCAGUAGAGCAGUUAACAAACUGAUUUCAACACACCAGACCUCUAAGAAAGAUAACUAAAUAACUGUGGACUGUUAUAUAGUAUAGGAAGACAUUGAAACUAUUUAGUUGUCCCAGAGUCAUCCUUCUGUAGAGUUAUAUGUAUAUAGUUACAGUUGCAUUUACAUACUCAACUGUUGUGGUUUGAGUUUAGAUAAGCUAUGAAUGUGUACUGUAUAUAAGUGAACAAUGAGGAAGUCAUAGGCAUGAUGAAGUUAUUAACUGAUUCAGUCAGGGAUACAGACGUGCUCAAAUUUGUUGGUACCCCUCCACAAAAAACGAAGAAUGCACAAUUUUCUCCGAAAUAACUUGAAACUGACAAAAGUAAUUGGCAUCCGCCAUUGUUUAUUCCAUAUUUAAUAGAAAUCAGACUUUGCUUUUGAUUUUUUAUUCAACAUAAUAUUGUAAAUAAUAAAACAAAUGAAAAUGGCAUGGACAGAAAUGAUGGGACCGCUAACCUAAUAUUUUGUUGCACAACCUUUAGAGGCAAUCACUGCAAUCAAACAUUUUCUGUAGCUCUCAAUGAGAAUUCUGCACCUGUUAACAGGUAGUUUGACCCACUCUUCCUGAGCAAACUGCUCCAGCUGUCUCAGGUUUGAUGGGUGCCUUCUCCAGACUGCAAGUUUCAGCUCUUUCCAUAGAUGUUCGAUAGGAUUCAGAUCUGGACUCAUAGAAGGGCAUUUCAGAAUAGUCCAAUGUUUUGUUCUUAUCCAUUCUUGGGUGCUUUUAGCUGUGUGUUUUGGGUCAUUAUCCUGUUGGAGGACCCAUGACCUGCGACUGAGACAGAGCUUUCUGAUACUGGGCAGUACGUUUCACUCCAGAAUGCCUUGAUAGUCUUGAGAUUUCAUUGUGCCCUGCACAGAUUCAAGGCACCCUAUGCCAGGCGCAGCAAAGCAGCCCCAAAACAUAACCAAGCCUCCUCCAUGUUUCACUGUAGGUAUGGUGUUCUUUUCUUUGAAAGCUUCAUUUUUUCGUCUGUGAACAUAGAGCUGAUGUGACUUGCCAAAAAGCUCCAGUUAUGACUCAUCUGUCCAAAGGACAUUCUCCCAGAAGGAUUGUGGCUUGUCAGUAUGCAUUUUAGCAAAUUCCAGUCUGGCUUUUUUAUGUUUUUCUGUCAAAAUUUGGAGUCCUCCUGGGUCUUCUUCCAUGGAGCCCACUUUCGCUCAAAAAGCGACGGAUGGUGCGAUCAGAAACUGACGUACCUUCACCUUGGAGUUCAGCUUGUAUCUCUUUGGCAGUUAUCCUUGGUUCUUUUUCUACCAUUCACACUAUCCUUCUGUUCAAUCUGGGGUCGAUUUUUCUCUUGCGGCCGCGCCCAGGGAGGUUGGCUACAGUUCCAUGGACCUUAAACUUCUUAGUAAUAUUUGCAACUGUUGUCACAGGAACAUCAAGCUGCUUGGAGAUGGUCUUGUAGCCUUUACCUUUACCAUGCUUGUCUAUUAUUUUCUUUCUGAUCUCCUCAGACAACUCUCUCCUUUGCUUUCUCUGGUCCAUGUUCAGUGUGGUGCACACAAUGAUACCAAACAGCACAGUGACUACUUUUCUCCAUUUAAAUAGGCUGAAUGACUGAUUACAAGAUUGGAGACAUGUGUGAUACUAAUUAAAGAAACUAAUUAGUUUGAAAUAUCACUAUAAUCCAAUAAUGUAUUAUCUUUUCUAAGGGGUACCAAUAAAUGUGUCCAGGCCAUUUUAGAAUAUCUUUGUAGAAUAAGCAAUAAUUCAUCUCUUUUCACAGCUUCUUUGCUUUAUUCUAUGACAUACCAAAGGCAUGCAAGUAUACAUGAUAAAAUAGCUUUUAAUUUCAUCACUUUUCAGGAGGAAUGAAGUAUUAUUUCAAUGAGCUGUAUUGGUACCAACAAAUUUGAGCAUGUCUGUAUGUUCAUGUGUUGUUUAGAACUAAUGCACAGCAUCAUUUUUAAAAAUCCAAAGGGUGCAAGAGUAGGCUAACCCUCAAAUACAUUUUCAAUUGCAUUUUCUGACAGCAAGCAAUUGUAAUAGUACCUUGACGUUAAUAAUCACUUAAUUUCUCAAAGCCGUGUAUUUGUAUGUAGUAAGAAGACAUGGGGAUUCCUCUUCAGAAGCAUAUUGUAGGAACACGUGUUUUUUUGGUUCAUUAUUAGAACACACAUGGGGUCCAUUUAAAAUAUAUUUUUAAAGUGUUAAUUAAAAGCUAACUUAAAGGAUCAUUCUUUAGUUUGGUAACUAAAUUCCAAAAGGUUGAGGAUUAUUCCACUCUUGCACUAGCUGUAAAACAUUUGAAUGUUUUUUGAUGUAUAUCAGGUAUUUGUAACUCCAGGUUGAUAGUUUGGGAUCUGAUGGCAAUGCUCUGAAUGCAGUGGGUGAGUUUUGUUUGAUUGUACUGUGUGCUUCCGUUGCUCAUCAUCUCAUACCCCUUUUCCACUGGCACAUCCUCACAUACAGGUGGUUUUCCUCUGGCUAUUUGUUGAGCCGAGCCUCAUAACACAUCUGAAUCCUGCUCAGAGCCGAGUAUGGCCAGGGGCAGGGUUAAUGAUUUUGUAUCAUUAUGUUGCGUCAGUCAGUACCCUCAAGGAAGACUAACAAUAUGGCAUGCAGCUAAUUGGAGAAGAGAAGUAUUUUUCAGUGUAAUUCAGUAAUAUAUGAAGAAAGAAAAUGAAGAAAAACACAACCAUUACCUCUGGAUCCACCAUUCUCGACUCAAACACAUCUACAUGCAACUCGACACGUUCAUUGCGUGUGACGUCAGCUGACAUCGGGGCUGGCUUGGCAUGGCCUUGGCUUGGCUCGGUUGUACAGUGGAAAAGAGGUAUACGAUAGUAGCCUCUGUCCUGAGGAGAUGCUGCAUUGUAUGUGUCUUUGUUACUUUUGUCUGGAUCCUCCUCCCAGAGAAAACCAGUAUGUAGGGUUAAUUUGUUGGUUUUGAUGUACGCUUUGAAUUGUUAAGAAGGAAACAUCUCUCUACAAAAGCUGCUUGAAUACUUUAACUUUAUUAAAAUAUGCUUUGCUUAAAAAA